GAGGGUGUGUGUGCUCAAAGACUUCACAAGCAAGACGAGAACUAUCGGAGUCCGUGCGACCGAAAGCAACACAUCUUCCAACAACAUCUCUCUCUUCAUCUAUCUUUUGGUCAUAAUAUACAUCAUAUAUUCACUCCCUUGUGAAUUCACUCCUGCCAUAGCUUCCAAGACUGACCAGAGUUCAGCACGGGGCACGAGGGAAACAAGGCGUCGGUGGCGAUGGCCUCGUGGUUCAGUUGGAGCAGCGAGCCGGACUACCGGAGUCCGCGGCGGGACCCGUCUGACGUGGUCAUGGACACCCUGAUGCUGGAGCUCAACUGGCAGCUGAAGGAGGCCGAGAGGAUGCAGCGUGAGAGGGACAGCGAGUACCGGCGCCUCCAGACUGGCGUGGACUAUAGCUGGCUGGUCAACACGCCACGCAACACCUAUGACGUGUCACCUGGUGAGAAGCUGGGCCUGGAGGACCUGUGCUCCAAGGUGCAUCCAUCCUACUGCGGAGCUGUCAUACUGAGGUUCCGCCAGUUGGUGACUGAGAACGAGCCGGAGGUGCAGGAGGUACCCGCCCUUUUCCGCACAGUCGUCCUCGAGGCCUUGGACCGCAUGAGGGAGGAGCAGGAGGCGCAGCGGCUCUCGCGCCAGUGGAACAACAAACGGGCCAUGAGCAUGUCUCUCAUGAACUUCAAGUCACGCGUCAAGAUCAACCCCUUUGGCAGCACCUUGGGCCUGACCUCGACUGGAGGGGGAGGGGAGGGUGUGUGCGAGCUGAAGACGGUGUCAGAAGACGUGGAGAAGGCGCUGGAGGAAAGGGCUGACAGGUCCCAGAGGGUGUGGAGCAUGCCCAACUUCAGACAUAAAGGGCUGUACACUACCAAGGCCGUCUGAGCUGGGAAUCCACAGGACAGUGUUGUGGUUCAGUGGAGGAUAGAGCAACGCUAGUGAGAGGUAGCCUAUAAUAAACCCCUGGAACCUGCCCAGUCUGCUUUGAACAAGAAUGGGGAGAAAUAGGAGACAUGUCUCUCCCAUCCUCUCCUUCAGCAGUGUGGGGUCAUCCACUAUUGAAAGCUUUUGACUUAUGAAUUUGAUAUGGGGAGCUAUGCUAAGGAUAUUUCACAAUGUUUUGAGAUUUUCAGACACAUUCUUUGCUGUACCUUUAUUGUAAAUUAGAUAGUUUCUAAGAAAAUUGUGUUGCAUGCACUUCCUUUUACUGUGCUUUUUUUCAUUAUAACAACAUAAUACUCCAGAGCUACAUGUAUUUCAAUUGUAGUUAACCAAUGAGACUUACACAUGAAACAAUCAACAAGUUCUGUUUUUUUUCUCAAGCAUUUUUUUGGCACUGUAAAGGGAAGUGCUGCUUAUCAUGGCUUUUUAGUGACCUUUUUAUAACUUGAAAAAUCAACAGUAAACUGACUGCACUAUUGGAGUGGUUACCAUGACAUUGUAUAUUAUAUCAAUCUUCGUUCUAACUCUUUACAGUUGGAAUACAGUGCAUCUUGAUCUCUU